AUGCUUGGCGGGUGGGCGUCCGCCUCUGAUACAGGGAAGGCCCUCUACACGUCCACCACCGCCUACUGCAAACCGCCUGGUCCCAUCUAUGUAAGUACACUCGCUUUGCGCUUCAAUAGGUCGUCCGAUACCAUCGACUUUGAUCUCAGCAUCGCCUCAACCAAGAACGACGCUAGGUUGCAUGUCGAUAUGGGUAUAUUCGUAUAUGGCCGGAAAUUCGUCGAUAUGAGCGUUGAUCUAUGUUCGAUUGCCAGUGGAGCGCUGUGUCCCAUUCCAGCCUACAACUUUACGGGAUCGGGGAAAGUAGCCAUUCCCGACAAUAUUGCAUCAAAAAUUCCAGGGAUCGCUUUUACUGUGCCGGAUAUUGAAGCCUUGGCCUUGCUGCGCCUUACCGAUACCAAAACCAACGAAGACGCCGGCUGCCUACAGGUUUCGUUGGCCAAUACAAUGACAGUCGACUUGCCGGCCGUGGCAUGGGGCACUGGCGCGUUUGCUCUCGCAGCCACAGUGGCUUCCAUGCUGACUACCAUAUGGACAGAUUCUAUCUCGGCCUUGCAAUGGCGUGUCGUGGAUAUUAUUACCACUAUGCAAAUGAUCCCGUUCACGUCCAUGCUCACAUUGAUUGUGCCGCAUGUCUUUCAUCGGUUUUCUCUCCGGCUCGCAUGGGUCGUCGGCCUGUUGCGUGUCGGCCCCGUGCAACAGUCCAUCAAGUCCACACGUCUCGCGACGGACAGCAAUGACCUGGAUUUGAUGUUUGGUGCGUUGAGUCAAGCUGAAUAUAGUCGCUUGUCCAACUUUUACCCAGCGGCGAUCCUUAAUACCAACCAGACGGCCAAAUUGGGUAACUUGGGUUUGGACUUCAGUGCGUUGCUCGGUGGAAACUCCUCCAGCCUCGCACGGCGCACCCUGUAUGCGCCCAACACAGGCCCAGGUGGUGAGAUGGCGCCUGGCAGUCAAAGGAGCAAUGUCAUUUGGGCUGUGCAGAUGGACCGCUUUUCACAAACAGGCGCGUUUUAUUAUACAGAGUCGCUGGACAUCUCGCCCUACAGUGCCUUACUUACGAUCCUUGUGACCUGGCUGUGGGUGGUGUGCGUUGUGUUAGCCGUGGCUUUGCUCCUGGUGCCUGUCAUUUGGCUCACGCACCGUAUUCAUUUCAGCGGGGCGCUGUAUCGCUGGUACAUGCAGUGGCUACGCCCCAUGCUCUUGCGUGUGAUGCUCAUUGCUGCCCCGCCGCUGGUGACAUUGGCCCUCUUCCAGUUUGUGCACAGCACAGGAUGGGUCUCCCAUUUCAUCGCAGCAGUGACAUGUGCGUUCUUGCUGGGCGUAUGGCUAUGGAAAUAUGCUGAGAUGGCACUCUCUGUGCGGAAUCAGGGGCCUAGCGCACUGUACAUGAAGAAAUCCUCGCCUUGGGAUUCUCACUCCUAUGCUAUGCGAUUCGGAUCCUUGGCGCACCCGUAUCGACGACGCUUUUGGUGGUUCGGACUCGUAAUGGGGCUCUGUGUGUUUCUCCGUGCCUGUUUUGUGGCGAUCCCACAGAAACACGACUACGCAUUGCGCCAGUCCAUUGGUUUGUUGGUCGUGGAUGUGCUGCUCUUCCUAGUGUGGGUCAUUUGUCAUCCAGGCCGAGACAAGAAGGAAAAUAUGGUGCAGAUUGUGCUGUGCAUCUUCCGAAUCAUUGCAUGGGCCCUGUGCAUCGUUCUGACCACCGAGUCCAACAUUUGGGGCAUUCCACGCGCGGUCCUGGGCUUUGUACUUAUGGCUGUGUGGGCUAUUGCCAUUGUAUGCCUAUUCCUAUUGUUUUUGUGGGAAAUUGGCACAACAUUGAUAUCACGGCGCCAACGAUGGUCGCACCGCUACGGCGAGAGGGAAAAACAGCACUAUCACGAUGACACUAGCUCGACACACUCUGAUGCGUCUGAUUCAUCAUCGGACUCGUCGUCCUACGACGAAUCCUCCACUUCGUUGCUGGCCUCCAAUGCUACGCAUACAACGCCAGGCGUACGCACGGCAGCACCAAUUCGUUUGGUGGACCCUGUUGUGUAG